CGCUUGUCUGGAAAGGACGGAAGGCAGGCGCUGCUUUUCGUGGAGCACAGACUCUCUCUCACACACACACAUACAGGCACUCGCACUCACUAUUGUGUGUGUGUGUGUGUGUGUGCGUGCGUGGACUGCGCAGCACACAGCCAAGUGAGCUCGCAGCGGCGCUUGCACGACUCGCAGAUGUUCCUGCAGCGGGAGCGAGCGUUGACUUUGUGAAAAGUUCACGAGGGGAACUCGGAGGCUGGAUUACAGGGCAAGGCAACUUUCUUGCUCCUUCCCCGGUCAUUUGCUCGCUCGCACCGGGCCCGGUGGCAGUCUGUCCGUCCGUGCGUCCGUCGGUCAUUCCUCCCCGCCGGGCCCCCCUCCCACACGGAUGGCCCAGCGUCGGUCUGUGGCGCUCAGCACAGGCCGAGAGACUGCGCGCAGCUCGCAGACUCGGGCGCCGGGACAAGCUGCCGCGUCCUCGCCGGCAAUCCGCUUUGACGACUUUACGCGUUGAAAUCAAAACAACAACAAAAGGAGAAAAAGCGGCGCUUCAAAGCCUCCGCUAUGGGGCACGUGCACGUUCUCAUGUGCUUUUCACUCAGUCAACUUUUGCUGGAGCUUUCUUUUGCUGCAGGGACAUUUGAUCCAGCAAAAGGCGCAGAUACACUGGAGCUGUCGGUCGCUGCAGGGAUACGCGAAAAUCUCUCCGGCAAGUUAAACGAUUACGACCUCAUGGUUCCAUUCAGCACCGACUCCCGCGGCCGCUUCAAGUCUCACGUGCUGUCUGUGGACGAGGAAAGGAGCAGUGGGAGGAGGAGGACCAGGGUGGCCCGUGACGCCUCCCUGGGCUCCUCGGACUCCCCGUUGUUAUUCUUCAACGUCACCGUCUUCGGACAAGAGCUGCAUUUGAGGCUGAGGGCCAACCGGAGGCUGGUGGCCCCCGGGGCCUGGCUGGAGUGGCAGGAGGACUUCCAGACCAAGGGGGAGCAGCGGCUGCGCGCCGACUGCAUCUUCACCGGUGACGUGAGCGACGUGCCGCACGCCGCCGUGGCCAUAAGCAACUGCGACGGACUGGCAGGCCUGAUCCGCACGGAUGACGGCGAGUUCUUCAUCGAACCUCUGGAGAGGGGCCGGCGGGACGCCGAGUCCGAGGGACGCGUGCACGUGGUCUACCGCCGCUCGUCCCUCAAGCGCGGCGACGAGCUCCGCAAUCAAGUGUCCGACUUUGGCACGGCGGUGGCGGAGCUGCCGGCGGCCGCGGAUCUGCUUUGGCGCCACGCGGCGGAGCCACAACGCAAGCGCCGCCACGCCCAGAAGGACGACUACAACAUGGAGGUGCUGCUGGCCGUGGACGACUCGGUGGUGCGAUUCCACGGCAAGGAGCACGUCCAGAACUACGUGCUGACCCUCAUGAACAUCGUUGAUGAAAUCUACCACGAUGAGUCUUUGGGAACCAGCAUCAACAUCGUCCUGGUGCGCAUGAUCAUGGUCGGCUACAGGCAGUCCAUCAACCUGAUCGAGCGUGGCAGCCCAUCGCGCAGCCUGGAGCAGGUGUGCCGCUGGGCCAACACGCAGCAGCGCGCCGACCCCGACCACGCCGACUACCAUGACCACGCCAUCUUCCUCACCAGGCAAGAUUUUGGUCCCGCAGGUAUGCAAGGUUACGCGCCGGUGACGGGCAUGUGCCACCCGCUGAAGAGCUGCACGCUCAACCACGAAGACGGCUUCUCCUCCGCCUUUGUGGUCGCUCACGAGACGGGACAUGUGCUAGGGAUGGAGCACGACGGGCAGGGCAACCGCUGCGCCGACGAGACGGGCAUGGGCAGCAUCAUGGCCCCGCUGGUCCAGGCUGCUUUCCACCGCUACCACUGGUCCCGCUGCAGCAAGCAAGAGCUCAGUCGCUACAUCCACUCAUACGACUGCCUGCUGGACGAUCCCUUUGAGCACAAGUGGCCCAAACUUCCCGAGCUCCCCGGGAUCAAUUAUUCCAUGGAUGAGCAGUGCCGCUUUGACUUUGGCGUGGGUUAUAAGAUGUGCACAGCCUUUCGCACGUAUGACCCCUGCAAGCAGUUGUGGUGCAGCCACCCUGACAACCAGUACUUCUGCAAAACCAAAAAAGGCCCACCAGUGGAUGGAACGGAAUGCGCGCCCGGAAAGUGGUGCUUCAAAGGCCAUUGCAUAUGGAGGUCCAGCCAGGAGCCUCAAGGCCACGACGGCAACUGGAGCGCCUGGUCCAAGUUCAACUCGUGUUCGCGGACAUGCGGGGGCGGCGUCCGCUCCCGUAGCCGGCAGUGCACCGACCCCCCGCCGGCGUACGGCGGUCGCGAAUGCCCGGGCUCCGCCUUCGACUACCAGAUGUGCAACACGGAGGAGUGCGUCGGCCCCUACCAAGACUUCCGUGCUCAGCAGUGCCUCCAGAGGAGCAACAAGUAUCACAACAACAUGAAGCACACUUGGCUGCCUCACGAGCACCCGGACGAGAGCCGCAAGUGCGAGCUGAGCUGCAGGUCCAAGGAAACGGGCGAGGUGGUCUUCAUGAACCAGGUGAUGCACGACGGGACCCGCUGCAGCUACGCCGACCACUUCAGCGUGUGCGCGCGAGGAGACUGUCUGCACGUGGGUUGCGACAAGGAGGUGGGCUCUUACAAGGAAGAGGACAAAUGCGGCGUGUGCGAGGGUGACAACUCGCACUGCCGCACCGUCAAGCUGACGCUCACCAAGACGCCCAAGAAGAACGGGAUGCUACAAAUGUUCGACAUCCCGACGGGCGCCCGGCACAUCGUCAUCGAGGAGAAGGACGCCUCCCCUCAUGUCAUCGCGGUGAAGAAUCAAGUGACCGGCGACUUCAUCCUCAACGCAAAAAGCAAAGACGCCCAGUCAAGAACUUUCAUCGAGAACGGUUUGCAGUGGGAGUAUGCCGUCGAGGACGGCAAGGAAACUCUGCGAACCUCCGGUCCUCUACACGAAGGCAUCUUCGUGAUGGUUGUUCCCCAGGAAGAGGAAGCCAAGAUAAGUCUGACGUACAAGUACAUCAUCCACGAGGACCUUCUGCCUCUCAUCACCAACAACAACGUUCUUCUGGCCGAGUUGGAUUCCUACGAGUGGGUGCUGAAGAGCUGGUCGCAGUGCUCCAAAGCUUGCGGCGGAGGCAUCCAGUACACCAAAUACGGCUGCCGGAGGAAGAGCGACAGCCGCUUGGUGCACCGCAACUUGUGCGAUGGCAACAAGAAACCCAAACCCAUCCGCAAACAAUGCAACGCCCACGAGUGCAGCCAGCCUGCGUGGGUGGCGGACGAAUGGGGCGCCUGCAGCAAAACCUGCGGCAAGCAAGGUUUCCAGAUCCGGACGGUGCGCUGCAUGCAGGCGCUGCACAACAGCACCGGCCGGCCCAUCCACAGCAAGCACUGCUUCGGGGAACGGCCACCGCCCAAACGAGCCUGCAACCACACGGCGUGCCCCGCCCAGUGGAGGACGGGGGCGUGGUCGCAGUGCUCAGUGACGUGCGGACAAGGCAUCCGGCAAAGGCAGGUGGUGUGCAAGUCUGGGGACAACGCGCCAGGAACGUGCCAGGGAGACGAACCCGAGACGGUGCUCAUCUGCAAACUUGACGCUCCGUGCCCAGUUCCAGACCAACCACCGCCCCCUCUUGGCUCGGACAAUGUGACCAUCCAAGAUGAAGCCCUGCGCCAAAGCGUGUUGGGUCAUCAAACCGUGUCAAGCAAGGCGUGCCAAGGGGACAAAUCCAUCUUCUGUCAAAUGGAGGUUCUUGUGCGCUACUGCUCCAUCCCUGGAUAUAACAACCUCUGUUGCGAGUCAUGCAACAAGAACCUGUCCACGGCCUCUCCCGAGCUAUCCAACGCCACCGCCAAGGCCUCGGCAGAACCCCAGACCAAUUCCUCCGGCAAGUUUCAUGCAGUUUCCCUCACUGCUCACGAUCCGACACAAACCACAGAAAGCGACAUCAGGCGGGCACGGCCCACCGCCCAGACCCCCGCCCAGUCUACCGUCGCCACCUCGACACCCACGGGCGGCACCGCUGACCCGGGGCCUCUUCUACCUCCAGGCGACGCCUCCCUGAAGGAGCGCAGGUCCGGCAGCACUUUAGGCCCACUGGCCGCAAAGUCAAGAAGGGACCGUUUCGGAUCCGAGAGAAACUCCAGUCACAGAUGAACACAACGUCAUCAACGUCAUCUCAAACAAUGCGGCGUUUAAAAGACUGCCUUUCUCUCGGUCUUUUUUUUUUUUUUUUAAUCUGCAGACCGAUGACGGUUACCUCAUCCAACCUCCAAAGAGCCACCGACGUGGGAUCGGUGGCUCUGUCCUCGGUGCUGUUUAAACGAGGUGCCUUGAAAACUGUACCGUUGUUUGAACCCCAAGUGCAGCAGAACUACUCGUGAACCGGUCAUGUGAACUUGUGGAGUCUCUGGUCGAAUCCAGAAGAAGACCAAAGUGGCAUUUUUGGUUUUGCUCCUUCAAAGCUAUCAAAUGUUCCUCUCUGCCCUUCCUGACAGGUAGCGGGACUGCUUCUUGUUCGCCACCAGCGCUUUUCGCACUCGGCUCGCUUCUGCUUUGACGCCAAAACAAAAAAAAACAUGUCCAGAUGUUCGGACUGUUUUUUUUUUUCGUUUUUUUUUUAACUCUUUCUGCAAAUAAUGUAAAUAGUGUAAAUGAGGCUGUCAGGUACAAAAAAUAUAUAAUACUGCAAGUGGCUUGUGUGUGCGCGCGGAGGUGCUCUUGUAUAGUUGCUGUACAAACCAAAAGCUUAAAACGUGAAUAUUUAUUGAGUCUUUGCGUGUAUACGUACCUCUGUAAACAGUAAAACACUCAAACAACAGAAAA